GAAGAAGAGACGUAUGUGACUUAUAUAAAGGCAGAAGAUAUAGAAGGAGAAGAAGAGACGUAUGUGACUGAUAUAAAGGCAGAAAAUAUAGAAGGAGAAGAAGAGACGUAUGUGACUGAUAUAAAGGCAGAAGAUAUAGAGGGAGAAGAAGAGACGUAUGUGACUGAUAUAAAGGCAGAAGAUAUAGAGGGAGAAGAAGAGAUGUAUAUGAGUGGAGAUCAGCAGUGUAAGGAGGAGGAAAUCCUUACAGAUAUCACCACAGAUGGACACACAAGCAUGAAUAUCUCAGAAGGACAUCUAAUGUUAUCCCCGGAUUGUGACAUAAAAGAUAAUGACAGUAGACAGGAUUCUCCAGGAGAUAACCCCAUUACCCCAAUUAUACAUCCAGCUCUAUCAGCUGAUCCCUCUGAUCCUGGGAAAUGUUCUCCUGAUCACUCUGAUAUUGGUGCAUCUGUUACAGCUCUGACAGUAGAUAUAGAGUUUCCCUGUUCUAUAGAUGCCAAAUGUUUUAUACAGAACACAAAGCUUAUUACCCAUCAGUCAGCUAAGGCAGGUGAGAGGCCAUUUUCAUAUUCUGAGUGUGAGAAAUGUUUUACAUGGAAAUCAGAUCUUGUUACACAUCAGAGAAGUCACACAGGUGAGAAGCCAUUUUCUUGCUCUGAGUGUGGGAAAUGUGUUAGACGGAAAUCACAACUUGUUACACAUCAGCGAAGUCACACAGGUGAGAGGCCAUUCCCAUGUUCUGAGUGUGGGAAAUCUUUUACACACAAAUCACAUCUUGUUAAACAUCAGCGAAGUCACACAGGUGAGAAUCCAUUUUCAUGUUCUGAGUGUGGGAAAUGUUUUACACACAAAUCGUAUCUUGUUAUACAUCAGAGAAGUCACACAGGUGAGAGGCCAUUUCCAUGUUCUGAGUGUGGGAAAUGUUUUACAUACAAAUCGUAUCUUGUUAUACAUCAGAGAAGUCACACAGGUGAGAAGCCAUUUCCAUGUUCUGAGUGUGAGAAAUGUUUUGCACGGAAAUCACAUCUUGUUAAACAUCAGAGAAGUCAUACAGGUGAGAAACCAUUUUCUUGCUCCGAGUGUGGGAAAUGUUUUACACAGAAAUCACAUCUUGUUAAUCAUCAGCGAAGUCACACAGGUGAGAAACCAUUUUCUUGCUCCGAGUGCAGGAAAUGUUUUACACAGAAAUCACAUCUUGUUAAUCAUCAGCGAAGUCACACAGGUGAGAAUACAUUUCCAUGUUCUGAGUGUGGGAAAUAUUUUACACAGAAAUCAGAUCUUAUUAAACAUCAGAGAAGUCACACAGGUGAGAAGCCAUUUCCAUGUUCUGAGUGUGGGAAAUGUUUUGCACACAAAACAGAUCUUGUUAAACAUCAGAGAACUCACACAGGUGAGAAGCCAUUUUCUUGCUCUGAGUGCGGGAAAUGUUUUACACAGAAAUCAAAUCUUGUUAAACAUCAGCGAAGUCACACAGGUGAGAAUCCAUUUCCAUGUUCUGAGAAGUAAAUCAGCUCUUGUAGACAUCACUCAGGUGAGAAACCAUUUUAAUCUUCUGGGGUAUACUUAUCAUUGCCAUGCGUUGUUCUUCAAGGUUCUUAUCCUAUCUCCUAUGCUUUUUGCAAUAUACAUGCUACCGCAGGGUGAAGUAAUCAGAUGUCAUGCCCUCAUCUACUGUUAUACAGAUGUUAUGCCAAUCCAAAAUGGUUGUCUAGUUGAGCUCCAGGUAUGGGUGAUGGCAGUUGGCUGUGACUCCGUCCUGGUGAAACAGGUCUGUCAUAAGAUAGAAGCUCACCGACAAAGGGCAGGGCUACAGCUCAGCUUUGCAAACCAACCAGACUUGCGCUUGGGGGUUUAGAGUUACAAAAUGCUGAUCCUGUGCGGAAUCUUGGUGUCCUGGAUGGUGGAGUGACACUUAGACAUCACGUAUCAGCCACAAUCAGAUCCUCCUCUGAGUACAGAGCCAGACUCCAGCACUUAUUUCCCUCAGAAGAUCUACCUACAGCCAUACAUACACUUGUAUCAUCACGCAUAGACUACUGCAAUGUCCUCUACCUGGGUCUCCCAGCAAAAGAAUUACACCGUUUGUAGCUUGUCCAGAAUGCAGCAGCCAGGCUGUUACCUAACCAUCCCGUUCCUGCCACAUAACACCUAUUCUCUGCUCCCUUCACCGGCUGCCUGUAAGAUGGUGACUAUUACAUAAUCUUACUGACUCUCCCAGCACUACAUGACCAGUGUCCGUGGUACCAGAAGCAGCUUCUGCCUCCUUACUGCCCUGCUUUCUUACUUGCAUCUGCAGAUGAAGGACUGUUACCAGCAGUACCAAGAAUCCCCAAGCAGUGCUGAGAGGUCAGGAGGAAGACAGGGUGGUUGCACUGGUGCUGUAGUGGGGCCUGCCGAAGGCACUGUCAGUGGGUAAUAUUGUCCCCAAGCAGUGCUGAGGUGUCAGGGGGGGAGACACAGG